CUGGAAAAUGUAUGUGAAAGAGAACACGCUGACCGAUGAGUCCAAUGCUGAAAUAACCGAAACUCCCUCUUCUUCUUCUUCUUCUUCUUCUUCUCUUCUCCUUGAAACUUGGAUACAAAUAUGGCGGCCAUGCUCAUUCGCUUACCAUUCUUUUCCGGUCUCAGAACUGCUAGAGAAAUGAGGAAUAUCAUGACAGAUGUUAUUCAAUCAAGUAGCACAAAUUGGAGAUUACCAAGCAGUCAAAGAAGAGUCAUUUCUUUUCGUAGCUCAGUGAAGUCUGUCCAAACCUCAACCCAAGUAUCUGUCCCAGGCACUUUGUCGACAAGAGAAGGAAAAGUGCCUUCGAGCUUCUUGAGGGACAAGAAGUUGGCUCCUGAUUCAGAUCCGCCUAGCAUGCAAGAUGUCAACCUUUUGUAUCACUUUUUCGAUCAAAGUACUAAGCUAGUGGUAUUGACUGGAGCUGGAAUUAGCACAGAAUGUGGUAUUCCCGACUACAGAAGUCCAAAUGGAGCUUACAGUUCUGGUUUCAAACCAAUUACCCAUCAGGAGUUUCUCCGCUCUAGUCGGGCUCGUAGGCGUUAUUGGGCAAGGAGUUAUGCUGGGUGGAGAAGAUUUAAUGCUGCGCAGCCCAGUGCAGCUCAUAUUGCUUUAUCAUCACUAGAAAAAGCUGGUCGGGUUAACUUGAUGAUUACGCAAAAUGUUGAUAGGUUGCAUCACCGUGCUGGUAGCAAUCCAGUUGAAUUGCAUGGAACUGUUUAUUCCGUGAUUUGUAUAGAUUGUGGUUUUUCCUUUUGCCGGCAUAUAUUUCAGGAUCAACUUAAGGCCCUUAAUCCAAAGUGGGCAGAGGCAAUCGAAAGUUUGGACUAUGGCAACCCUGGAUCAGACAAGAGCUUUGGCAUGAAGCAAAGGCCUGAUGGUGACAUUGAGAUUGAUGAAAAAUUUUGGGAGGAGAAUUUUCACAUCCCUACAUGCCAAAAGUGCAAUGGAGUGCUGAAGCCUGAUGUUGUCUUCUUUGGUGACAAUGUCCCCAAGGACAGAGCUGAUAAGGCAAUCCAAGCUGCAAAAGAAUGUGAUGCUUUUCUUGUACUAGGAUCAUCUGUAAUGACCAUGUCUGCUUUUCGACUUGUCAGAGCUGCACAUGAGGCAGGUGCUGCCACUGCAAUUGUAAAUGUUGGAGUGACUCGAGCUGAUAAUUUUGUACCUUUGAAAAUCAAUGCUCGACUAGGAGAGAUUUUGCCAAGAGUGCUUCACAUGGGAUCCCUCAGCGUCCCUGCAUCCAGGUGAUGCUAUUCGGAGAUCACUUGCUCCAAGCGUUUAUAAGAAGCUUUGGCACCACAAUAGAUUCAGAUGAUUGUAAUGUAAAAUUGUUUCUUCUCUAAAUGCAUAUAAAGCUUUGCUCCAACUGUAUUAAUGUAUCAAUGAAUUCUCAUUCGUGGA